GCCCAGGCAGUACUGUGUGUUUCUUGGCUCUUUAAACAACAAUUAAAAUGGGUCCAUUCCUUCAAACAUCUCUCUUUUUGUGGAUUUCAGCUGGACUUUUAUUUGUACCUGAGACUACAGUGGGUUGUCCUGAUUUUUCUACAAGAUGUGAAUUUAAAUUGGAAGAUGUCUGCUUUGAGUUUAUCAGAGAUUUGAAAACCUGGUCCCAAGCCAAGAGCAGCUGUGAAAUGCAAGGAGGGGAGCUCCUGAAGGUGACCAAUGAACCCAUCAAAGUUUUCCUGAACAACAUCAGCAGCAAGAAAAACACCAGCAACUUCACCUGGUGGCUGGGAGAGGACAUCCAAGGAAGUGAAGAGGAAUCUACAGCAGACGACCUCUGCCCCUUCAUGAAGCUGAAUCCUCUUCGUGUCACAAAGUCGGCCUGCAACCAGAAACGAGGCUUCCUCUGCACCCACGCUGCGCAGUCUCCACCAAAGGCAAAUAAAUCAAUGGCCUUCAGUCACAAAACCAGAUCUCGACUCAGGAGGGCCGUUUCUGUCAUGGGUGCGAAUGUCAACAACAUCCACAAACUUCUCUAUGAAGCAGACAAAGAGCUGCGGAGGAUGGAGUUGACAGUAGGUGAACCAACAAAUGACAACAGGGACGACUUUAUCAAGUACUUGCUGGAAGGCACGAAAAAUCUGACCUCAAAGUUUGCUAUCAGUAACAACUAUACCAUCAACCACAUCAUCAACUGCAGCACUGGCAUCUUGCUUCUCUCGUUGAAAAAAUGCGACAAAGAAGAAAACCCAAAUCCAGUUCCUUUGUUUGAGAGAAUCUUUGAGAUUUUUCGGGAAAUUUCUCUCUUGAUCGGUGAAGAAAUCUCAGAAUUGAUUGUCUUUCAGCACCCAUCAGGCACCAUCUAUCAAACCAGCAAACCGCCUGAAGAGAUUGGAGACCUGGUGCUUGGCUCAAAAAAUGAAGGUGAAGUUGUCAAGUUUCCACCAUCUUCAGCGCUCAGUUCACACCUAAAAGACUUCUCCAAAGUCACCGCUCAGGUUUCCACGUUCAGAAACAAUCCCCAUCCAUCUUCUGAAAACAUAACAGGAACUUUGUGCAAUGUUCAACUCAGCGAUGGAAAAACAGACAUCAGGUUGACGGGUCUGACAGAUAGGAUUGAGAUCUUCCUGCCUCGUCCUAACGCUUCCUUGUCGAUGAGCAGCAAGUCUGUUGUUCUGAAGGAAAACACCAAAUCUGUGACUGUGAUGAACGUCUCCGAUGCCAAUACGACCAUCUUCUUCAGCGUGAAGCCCAGCCUCAACGUGUCCCUUCAUCUCAACCUGACCUUUGGGACACCAGACGCCCCCAAAUUUUCCAGAAACACCACUGUCGUGACCCACGCAGAGGCCUAUCGCUGGAAGAUAACUCCAGAAAUGCUACAGUACACUCCUGGGAUCUGGCACGUCGAUGCCAAGCUCGACAACUCCAAAUGGGAGCCGGGUUUGAUUCUGGAGAUAACGGCCUUCAUGACCAAGUGUCUGUACUGGGACGAAGUCAAGGAGGUGUGGAGCGUCGACGGCUGCAUGGUGGGAGACAAAAGCACCCCGGAGUCAACGCAGUGUCUGUGUAACCACCUCACCCUCUUUGGGAGCUCCUUCUUCGUGAUGCCAAACCACGUUGACAUAUCUCGCACAACGGAGCUGUUUGCCACGGUGAACCAGAACUACGUGGUUCUGGCCCUGCUGUGUGCUUUCUUUGGUCUCUACCUGAUCACCCUGAUAUGGGCCUGCUACGCGGACCGCAGGGCACGUCAUAAGAGGAAGCUGACUCUAGCGGAGGACAAUCACCCUGGUUCUCAGUACAACUAUCUGAUCAGUUUCCAAACAGGCCACCGAAAGAAUGCUGGGACUUCUGCCAACGUCACGGUGAUGCUGAUUGGCUCAGAGGGAGAGAGCCGUAUAUACAACCUCGCAGAUCCCGACAAGCCCUUGUUCGAGAGAGGAUCUGUUGAUAUGUUUGUGCUUUCCACACCCUUCCCUCUGGGCGACAUCCAAAGCCUCCGGCUGCAGCACGACAACUCUGGAGGAAACCCGUCAUGGUAUAUCAAUAAGGUGACCAUCCAAGAUCUUCAAACAAGACUUGUGUGGCACUUCCUCUGUGGGUGUUGGCUGAGCGUCGACCGAGGAGACGGGAUGACCAAGAAAACCUUCAACGCCGCCAAGAACAACGAGAUCGCCAGCUUCAGAAACAUUUUCCAGAGCAGAACGACGACUGGCUUCAGGGACGAACACAUCUGGGUGUCCAUCGUGGAUCCGCCCUCACGGAGUCCGUUCACGCGCGCCCAGAGGGUUUCAUGCUGCAUGAGCCUGCUGCUUUGCACCAUGGCCAUCAACAUCGCCUUCUGGAACCUUCCCGUGGACAAAGACUCAGGAGUGAUCUUCUCAGUUGGUUCAAUGCAGAUCACCUGGCAGGAGGUCAUUGUCGGGGUGGAGAGCGGCCUCCUCAUGUUCCCUAUCAACAUCCUCAUCAUCACCAUCUUCCGAAGCAUCCGUCCGCGCGUGAUCUCAAAGCCUAAAAAUGAAGAGGCAGAAUUAGGACCACCUGCAGUGACUGUGCCGGCCAUUCUGAAAGAGACAGACGAGGUCAUUUCGAUGAUGAGCAAAAGUCCAAGAAACAAGGCUCUAGAGAUGAGCAGCCUGCAGUCCACCGCUGAUCUUCUCAAUUGCUUGGACAGAGUGAAUACAUUUGUUCAAGCUAUGCAAGGAGAAACCGAGAGCGACCCCCACUUGGUGCACAGCACCAGGUUCCUCCUGGCGGGGCUCUGCCACCUCCUCAUGUCUUUGGAGAAGCUGGAUGUCAAGCACUUCUCAAGCAUGGAGGAGCAUCAGAAGAUCUUCAGUCUUGCCAACUUACUGGUGCGCAAGACUGAGAUGGUCUUCAGCAGCCACUUGACCACCUGCCCACCUCCGGUGAAGAGGAAGAAGAGGUCCAUGAGCUGCUGGCUGCCCUGGUGGUUUGUGUUCGUGGGCUGGUUCCUGCUGCUGUCCAUCAGCGGAGUGUCCACUUUCUUCACUCUGCUGUACGGCUUUCAAUACGGCAAAGAGAAGUCCAUCAAGUGGGUCAUGUCUCUGGGCCUCUCCCUCUUCCAGAGCAUCUUCAUACUGCAGCCUCUCAAGGUGAUUGGCAUCGCAGUGGUCUUCGCUCUGCUGCUGAAACCAGUUGCUGUGGAGGAGACUGAAGAAGUCGAGCAAGUGCUUCUCAGUCAGCAGGAGAAGUGUAAGCAGUACGCCGGCCGCAUGCUGUGAGGACGCCGCCUUCGCCCGCACCUCCCCAACACCCUCACUCCUGGAACACUCCUAUACACUCCAUGCACGCUUUGGCAGCUCAGGUGGUUUAAAUGAAUGCAUGAAUGAAUGCUUUCUACUGUAGUUUUCACAUUGUAAGAGGAGCCACCUCGCCUGCUUUUUCUUAAUCUUUUUCAUGAUUUCUUCUGAUACAGGAAAAAAAAACAUGCUGUGAAUUAAUCCCUGACUCCCAGGUUUUUUCCUGCAGAUCCACUUUUCAUAUAGGGUAUCAUAUUAUUAACACCUUUUACCAGGAUAAUCUACUUGCACUAUAUUUACAUAUGUAUACACAAAAGUAGUUUUGUUCAGCUAUGGAGAGAUUAAUCAUUUGGUUUAUGUUUGAAUAUUUUAGAUUGAUUGGUGCAUUUAGAUGCCUUAAACUGUGAGAAACAUUUCCAUCAUAAUGACAGUUAUAGAUUAGGAUACAUGAUUGUAAAAUAUAUUUUCAUAUUUAGAUAAUCUGUUCAAUACUUUUCUUUGUGUUCACGUGUUGCGUAAUUAUUUCAAAUGAAACAUUGAUGUUCUUCUCCCUCAUCUAACAAGAAACCCAGAGUUGCACUUUGUUCUUUGUUUGAGCAUUAAGACAAAGUGGUCUCCGAACACUUAUGCUAACAGACAAUAAUUUGCAGUCAGAAACUUUGGAAAUAUUGAUAUGAUCAGCAUUCCAAAGCUCCUAAAAGCCGCAGCGUGUUGCUGUCAGCACAGCUUCCCAUCACUGCCAGCCAUUAAUUGUACCCGAACACAGACUUUCCCUUGUAGAGAAUGACGAAGAAGCCUUUAUGUAAUUGUACAUAUGAGAGCUAAUGGUUUAUUGAUCGCCUCCAUCACUGUAAUAUGUGCUGAGAGUGCAUGUCAUGUCUUUUUAUCAUUCACGUCUGCUACUGUGAGAUUUGAGAUCCCCCUCCCUGAAAGAUUCAUGAAACAGAACUAACUGCGUUCGAUUUUUGCGCGUGGUUUGCAACUACAAGCAGCUUCGCAGAUAUUUUAAUAUCUCAACUUCAGUCAUCUGUAUGUCUAUUUAAUCCACAAAGAUUCAUUUGAUGGCUGGCGUUCUGAAACUUUGCUGUAUGUAUGACGUGUGUGUUUGAAUAAAGAGAUCUCUGUUAAA